CGGAAUCAAACCACACUCACUCAAACCUAUAAAAAUCCCAGAUUAUAAUCGCAAAUUAAAAGAACAUGUACCCUCCGGCCCGGCGCUGGUGACCAUAUAUGAGUACAAUCUCACUCUCCGACUACACAUAACAAAAAGAUCCUCCAUGAAUAUCCUCAAGCUUCACCACUAUACUCCCAAACUUCCUCGACUUUCCGAAACUGCUCUUCAUCCACGCACAUUAAAUAUCUGCCCGACUCGGUUUCUUUCUCCAUCACGUGAUUCUAAGACAGACAAUUCCUGCAGUUUCACUAAUUCCAGGUUCAGUUAUCCCAGGGCAUGGACUGCCCAGAGUCCAAAUUGGAGCAGCAAAGAAGAACUAAGCUGCUCGGGGGAUGCUGAGGGGUAUGAUUACUUGGCGAAAGAUGGUGCCGUUUUCCAGAAGACUCUCAGGCUUGUAGAGACUGCCAUGUUCGCUGCUGUUUCUGGGUUAGCUUAUCUAUUGAGCAAUUCUCUUGCAAUUGAGAAUUACUUUGGAUGUUUUUUUGCACUACCCAUAGUAAUAUCUUCCAUGAGAUGGGGUGUUGCAGCAGGAAGAAAAACCAUGGUGGCAACUUUUGUGCUAUUGUUUGUGCUGUCUGGACCCGUGAAAGCAGUUAACUAUGUGCUAAUGCAUGGUUUACUUGGUUUUACUAUGGGUUCUUUAUGGAGGUUUCGCACUAGUUGGAUGCAAUCAAUCUUCUUUUGUGCAAUUGCUCGGGCAAUAGGUGCUCUAGGGUAUGUGCUAUUGACUUCAUUUUUAAUAAGGGAAAACAUACUCCAACUGAUUACCCUAAAUAUCCAUGCUUCCCUCUCAUACAUUCUCACAUCCAUAGGAAGCAAUUCAAUUCCAACAAUGGAUGUCAUAUACACUAUUUUUGGGACUGUGCUUAUUAUCAACUCCACUUUCUUUGUGUUAUUGCUACACAUUCUGUACGCGAUCUUCUUUACCAAGUUCGGAAUGAAGGCUUCAUUGAGACUCCCAAAAUGGGUGGACGUUGCAAUAUAAUAGGGCAUCAGAAGAGUAGAUAAGAGAUUCAUAUGCACAAACCUGAGAAUGAAGCCUUGUUUUUAUGGGGGUGAGGGUGUCUAAUUUGCUGUCUAAUGACAAAACUUCAAGUAAAUAAGGGUUAUGAAGCCACUGAAGCAAAAGUAUUUGAUGCAUGCUGCAUUGAUAUUAUUAAUUAACCCUGUCUGUAAGUGAUGGGGUGCCUUCAAAAUCGUGACAAGUACUAUGGUAGCCACACUGAUGGGUUGGUGUAAGCAAAUCGGCUGGUGGGUUCACUGAUGGGCGAUGCCCAAAGUGAGCAAUGAGGUGGCUGACGCCAUUUGGGGCUGAGCAGGGGGGAGGGCUGGUCCCAGGGGUAACUUUUAUUUCUGUAUUAUCAUUUCAUUAUAUAAUAUAAAGUAACGGUCGCUGCACCACAACUGGAGGGAAAAAUCCCGCCCAUUUCAAGGGGCAUAAUUGGAAAUCCUUAUGCAAAGUUCUAAAAUGCCGCCUAUGUUACUAAGUACUCUGUAUUAAAUUGUGCAAAGUAUUGCUACCAAUUUUAGUCUUUUAGUCCCUGUCCAUACAU